CGAACGUCUUCGUAGAGAUGUUAUUCCAUCCGUUGGGCCCGGCGGGGCCCCGCGGCCACCCGCGGCGACCUGGGUCGGCCGGGCGGCAGGACCGCAGGACCGCGGCACCUCGCAGCACUCAGCACUCAGUCGUCUCCGACAGCGCUCCGAGAUGAACGUGCCGGUCGUCCUCCUGGUGGUGGCGGCCCUGCUGGGCUCGCCGGUAUCCGGCGCGGCGUUCUUCUGGCAGUACCCCGCCGACCUCAACAUGAGCAACGUCGCGACGACCACCGCCUCGCCGUCCGCCAGCACCCCGACCACGCUGUCGACGGAGGCGCCGACCACGACCGGGCCGCGGCAGCCGACCCCGGAGGAGGAGGCCGACUGUACCUCUCAGAUUGGCGUCGUCGAGAACGGCGUGCACAUCAGCACGAUGCGGAAAUACGACAUGGAGAAGAUACUCGAGGAGCACGGCGGGGCGCCUGGCAAGCUGAACGUUACGUGGAACAUGGACGUCCCGGAAUUCCCUGUUGAGGACCCCACGGUGAAGCCUCUGCCAGACACUGUCAACACGACGUUCUGGGUGUACGACUACAA